CUCUGAGGCAUAAAAGGAAGGCUAGGCUGGCGGUUUUCAAGGGAAACUAAGUCUAAUCAUGCUUCUCUGAAAGUCACAAGGCAGAAGUUAUGUCAAAAGCAGAAUUUAAAAGAAAGAAAAAACACCAUGAGUUUGUCCCUCCCUCUUACUUACUGGAUUGUAAAUUAUCCCGAAGAAUCACAUCGAAAAGGAUCCUGGAACAGAAGUCUAGGGAGCAAAAACCUUUGACAGGAUCUCAUGUUUAUUGUUCACCUAUAGCCGGGAAGCACUUGCUUCGGGGUCCCCUCCUCCCAGCGCACACCGCCGCCUCGGGUCCCGCCCCGCAGCCCGGUUGCGAAGAGCCGGGGACGGAGCGGCGUGGACGCCGGAGGCCACCGGGAGAGAGCGGCUGCUGCCGCCGAGGCCCUUCCUCUCGUGCGGCGCCCCGAGCCCCUCGGCCCGCUGGCCAUGGCCGACAGCGGCGGCACGGGCAGCUCGGGCCCCUGGUGGAAAUCGUUAACGAACAGCAGGAAGAAAAGCAAGGAAGCCACGGUCGGGGCGCAGCCUCCCGCCCAGCCUGCCCCCGGGGAGCCCGCGCCGCCCGCGCCGCCCAGCCCGGACUGGACUAGCAGCUCCCGGGAGAAUCAGCGCCCCAAUCUCCUCGCGGGCGCCGGCGAUCCCCACAAGCCAGACAAGUUGGUCGCGGAGAAAUCCGGCAACAGCCGCCGCAAUUUGAAGAUUUCGCGCUCCGGGCGCUUUAAGGAAAAGAGGAAAGUGCGAGCCACUCUGCUCCCCGAGGGAGUCAGGUCCCUGGAGGAGGCAGGCUUCCCUGGCGACCCCCACGAUGACAAGCAGUAGCCGGAUCGGACUGUCCCCACCACGCCUCCCCAACCCCCAGUUCUAAACCCGAGAGUUCUGGCCUCCCCAGCGCUUGGUGCCUCAUCCCACCAAAUUCAGAAUCUUCACGCAAGGCUUCCAAGAUUUUAUUUUCUUGGACAUGGAAGUGUCAGUUGAGUUUGCAAUAUUUCAUGACCCAAGAAUGCGUUAAAUAUUUAUUUGUGGUUAAGAGAAGAUACCCGGCACAGAGAAAGUUGUCAUAAUAUUAUCUCCAAAAAGCUAUUCUGUGUGUCACCUGUGGGAGUGAGAACAGGUACGUUUCUAAGAGACCAUAGCUCCACUUGACCUGUGCAGCCCCUCCGAUAAGGAAGCCGGGCUCUAUCUAAUUCAGAACUCCUACUGGAGAGCAAAUCACAGGGCUGUUUUUAAUGCCUGAGAAAUACACUUUAGAAGCACUUCUGUCGACUUACACCUUAAGUGCAGGGAUGGGAGAGAGCAGGAGGCAUUCUAAGCAGGAACAUGUUAAGUAAGGAAAGAUUGCUUUUAAUGUUGAACUACAAAGCUGUCCUGUCUUCCUAUUUUACUGUGGACUAUUAAAAUCGUGGCACUGUAAGACUUAAGGUGACUUUUGUACUUUUUCCACGGUGAGACUGAAGCCCAUCAUACUUAAAAAGCAGGUGUGCAAAAUCUGAGGUGACAGAGUUAAUCAUUUGCCACCUAACAACUACUCUUGGAAACCUUUAUCGAGGAGAACAUUUCUAGAAACUAGUAACACGCAGGCUGGAACCAGUUAGCACGAUAUUCCCAUUUACUGACCAAAUUCCAGGAAGGGGGGUGGGGGGGAAAGGCCUUCAUUCAUUAUUCCUAAAUUCUCUUUUUUACUUCAGUGCAUCUUUAUACAUAAGUCACAAUGCUGGUCAUCAUUCUUUUCAGCCUCCUUGUGAACCUCACUAACAAUUGCCUACAAAUACGCAAACAGAUGGACUGGACUCUCAGUUUGUGCAAAGCCAGCUUCUUUUCCCACGCCUUUGUUUCAAAAGCUUCUUUAGUCUGAUGUAUGUAUGCAUUUAUCUAGUUUCAAAGCCUUCAGAUCCACCAACCUGAAGAUUCUUAACAAAAAUCUACCUGUUUGCUUUUGUUAUGAACUUCAAGAAAAAAAAAGAGUAAAUGAAUACCACUUGCUUUCAGCAAAUUACAAGAGGGUUAUUGUGGUUGUGACGGUCCACUGGGACCUUUCCCCACCACUAUUCAGUUCAUUUAUAAACAUCCCGAAAUGCAUAGCAGGGAAAUUAUAAUGAUCAAAGUGUAUUUUUUUAAGAUAAUUAUAAGCAAGAACUUGAUUGGAGCUUCUGAAUGUGUUAUAGGUAUGUAGAGAGGCAUUUUUCUGUUUCUUUCAAAUUAGUAAUUUGUAAAAUUGCAAACCAUGUUAAUUGUCUAAAGAGAUUUAACCAAGAAACUUGAUAAAAAUGGUUAAAAUGGUUUUAAAUGAGUGACUCAGGUCUGGGUACCAGCAGAACAAUAGGGUGUACCAUCUGAUACAUGAGUUUCCACAUACUAAAGACUUACUCCAAAGGAAAUUGUUUACAUAGGGAUUACGAACACCUUUAUAAGAGAAAGCAUGUGAGCCUUUUUUUUAUUUUUCUUUUUUAACCAUGAAAAGGCUUUUUUGGCGUGUAUUUAGAACUGGAAACUAAGUGACCAAAGUCUCCUCAGGGUGAGCUUCCUGGAUAAGAACGACUUUACAUCAGUGAUAAGUGGGCCUACCAUCUCCAGACUCUGAUGAAGACCUUGGGAGACUCAUGGCCCGGAAAGAAACUAUGGGAUGGCAGAGGGCUAGGGGUGCAUAGAGCAGAGCCGUCAAAUAAGGCUUUGGGACACCUUCGUGAAAUCAUUUCAUGUGACUCUGUAGAAAGUAAUAAACAUUAGAGUGGAUAACCAUCCAAAAUACUUUUCUCCUCCCUGGAAGACAAACAGAUUAGGACUGUACCUAUUUAUAAAAUUAAGCCUGCAAUUACACAAUUUUAAAAUCUUAUCCUAACUCUCAAAUCCACUGUCUUAGAGAACAUUUUUUUUUCUUAAAAAUUCCUUUAGAUCUACAAAACACUCACAUUUUUCCAGGUUUUAUAUCAUGUUUUGGAUCCUACCCAAUUCUAUAAUUGCUGGAGGUAAUCAAUAGCAGACAUAGCAGGGGAACUUAUUAACAAGACAUCUUUGCCCCACUGUUCUGAAAAAAUUUAAAGCCAUGCUAAUGGAAGUUAUGACGGUGAGUGCAGCUCACAAUCUGCGAUCGAGGUUUGUAAUUACAUAGUUUUAAAGCAGCCCUAAUCAGGCAGCAGCAGUGCCCUGAUUUAAUCCCAACUCAGUGAAACCAGAAACCAAGCAAAAUCGGGGAGAUAGAAAGAUCAUGAGUUAGAUGAGAUAAUUUGACAAAGUGUCUUUCUGGGAUUUAUACGAUUUAGAGGUGAUUAAUUGCAUUCCCAUAACAUAUACCGAUUUAAAAAAAUUUUUUUUAAUCCUCAAGAUAAUUUAUAGAAAAUAA